CGAGGGGGCGUGGCUCGCCCUUUGCAACCUUGCCGCGUUCCAUCCGGGACGCAGCGGGGCGUGGCUUAGCCUCUGUGCAAAGCGGUCACCGCGCCCGGCUCAGCUGCAGGAUGUCGGGGCCGAAUGGGGAGCCGCAUCUGCCGGUGGGGAGAGGCGAGGAGGACGAUGACGGCUUCGGGGAAGCAGAAUAUGCAGCCAUCAAUUCUAUGCUAGACCAGAUCAACUCCUGCUUGGAUCACCUCGAGGAGAAGAACGACCACCUGCAUGCCCGGCUGAAGGAACUGCUCGAGUCCAAUCGGCAGACGCGCCUGGAGUUCCAGCAGCAGCUGAGCGAAGGAGAAGACCUGGAGGCAGAUGAGCAGGGAUCGGAGCCCGACACUUAAUGGCUGCCUGCUUUCUGCUGGAUAGAAGCAGGCACAGACAGCUGCGGCUUCCAAUGGGGCCACCCUUGUCCAUUGGUUUAAUGUUAACCUUUGAAAUAGAAAAGAUCUUUCGGGGGGUGUAUGUGUGUAUGUAAAACAUCCUUUCCUUACUUUCCUUUGGGGGCCAUAACAGCUCUGUGUAAGAUGAACUUGGGAAGAAGGGCUUCUUCUCGAGCUUGUGGGGAGCAAGGCAUGGCAGGGGGUGGGGACGGGAUAAAUAGAUUCCAAUGCAAGUGUUAUGUUUAACAAUAGGUUGUGACUUUGUCACAAGAGAGUUGCUGGCCCUCAGUGGAGGAGCCUCUGCCUUGCACGCAGGAGGUCCCAGAUUCAAUCCCUGGCAGCAUCUCCCAGUAGGGCUGGGAGAGACUCCUGCCUGCAACCUUGGAGAAGUUGCUGCCAGUCAGUGAGGACAAUACUGAACUAGAUGGACCAAGGGUCUGACUCAGUAUAAGGUAGCUUCCUUGGAGAAGGGGCAUCUUGUUUUGCAUGCAGAAGGUCCCAAGUUCCCUCCCUGGCAGCAUCUCCAAGUAGGGCUGGGAGAGACUCCUGCCUGAAACCUUGGAGAAGCUGCUGCCAAUCAGUGUAGACACUACUGAACUAGAUGGACCAAUGGUCAAACUUAGUAUAAGGCAACUUCCUGUGUUCCUAUGGAAAAACUUGUUUCCAGACUUGCUGGUUCCUAUUUCUCUGUCUACCAAGCUGUGGUUACAUGAUCAAAUGGAUUAAGAAGAUAAGGGUUCUUGGUUUUUCAGGUUGUUGUUUCUUUGAACUCCACUCCAUCCCUUAAGUGUGUGUGUGUUGUUGGCGGGUUGGAAAUCAGUGGUUGGUGAUGGUUCGGAGGGUGGCUUCAUGCCCGUCCUUUGCAUUGCUCCUUUAAUUCUGGCCAUACUAGUCCCAUCCUCUUGUGAGCAGCUUUUAGAAAUUGGGCCCUACAUUGUGAGAAUCUUGGUAGCUGCCAAACCCAUUUGGUGAUCAGGGCAGCCCUACAGAAAAUUUGGCACCCAAAUUGGAAUUGGCCCACUACAGUCUUGGGAUGUAGAAAAAGAUGUGGCAUUUAAGACCAGUCUAUAAUCUAAGGACACCUUGCGACUCCUGUGCUUGGCUGAGUAGGAGAUGUUUUGAAUGAAAUGUAGGAUCUUACACUCAUGCCAUUUAUCUUUUAAAACAGGAGGAGUGACCUUGUCUUUCCAGCUGCUGUUGAACUGACUUCUUAUAGACCAAUUCGUGGAGGACAGGUCCAUCAAUGGCUACUAGUCUGGUGGCUAUGGGCCACCGCUCCAGCCUCAGAGGCAAGAUGCCUCUUGAUACCAGUAGCAGGGGAGCAGCAGCAGGAGAGAGGGCAUGCCUUCACCUCUUGCCGGUGGGCUUCCCAGAGGCAUCUGGUGGGCCACUGUGUGGAACAGGAUGCUGGACUAGAUGGGCCUUCUUGGGCCUGAUCCAGCAGGGCUGUUCUUAUUCCCAGCCACAAUUGAUGGGAGUCCUAGUUCAACAACAGCUGGAGAGCCAAGGUUACCUACCGGUUUUAAAAGAACUUACCCUUCUCAUUCCCAAAUAUGCAGCUGUUACUCAAUCCCUGCUACGCACCAAGGCUGCUGUCCUGUAAACUUAGCUGGGAGUUAGCCUCCUUGAAUACAAGAUUUACUACUGUGUAAACAUGCAUAGGAUUGGGUGCAAGCCUGUAAGGGUGCAAACAUGUGUAUGCUGUAUUCUUUCCCCUAAAAAUAAGUUGGCCAUCAAGCAACGGCUGUUCCUUGCUUCCCUCUCUGAAAAGAUUCUCCCUAGCUACCUGAAUCUCUCCUGCACACACUCUCACUCAUUCAGAGUGUGAACGUGUCCAACCUCUUAUGUAACUGCAGGUUGGUACUGCACGACAAAAUGAUGGCGAGAUCAAGAGUGCAGGCCACGGGGUAUUAAUAGAAAUAUCACAAGGUCAGUAAAAUAAAAUCAGUCCAGCCUCACUGCCUUUGGCACAAUGGAGAUCAGUAAUGAUACGCUUCGUCUGAACCAAGCUCCUUUGGAAAACAGAGCAGUUGAGGUAGAUCUGAAGGUGCUUAAGAGUUGUGUGAUCUGGCGUAGGAGCAAACAAGAGCAUAGAAGAGAAGGAAGCAAUAAUUGGGUUGGGAGGGGUUGGAUAGGGUAUGAUACAAUUUGAUCCUAAUUGCCUGUAAAUACUGCUGGAUAAUGUUCCCGUUGCGGAAUAAAAAUACAGCCACUCAUUCUAGCUUCCAAGACUCAUCUGCAGGGCUCAGGAAAUCCACUAGUUUACUAGCCUGUGACGAGUGAAGAAUGAUGCCUGUCAGGUGAAAAAAAAAUCCUGGCAAGUAAUGUACCAACAUGGCUCAAGGAACCAGCUGGUGAACCGAGCCAACAUUUCUUGACCCCUGCGUAUCUGAAUCAAAAGGCUUGUUCUCUUGCUCCAAAGCAGAGUAGGAGCUUCGGGUCUCGUGAAUGCUUCUUAAAAAAUGGUGGUGUGUGCGGGCAAGCAUUGAGGGAGGACAAGAAAGUGAUUGUGUGCUAGCCGCUCUCUGGGCAGGACCUUGCAGAAUGUGCUUUCCCUCUGCCCUUGAUACAAUUAGGUCCACAAGGUGGGCUGACUGCUACCCCGACUGUGACUAGCACAGGACUCUCCACCCGAAACCUAUGUACGCGAGAAGCUUAUCUGUUUACUAAAAAGCAAGACCCACUGAGUUCAAUAGGAGAGGAGAAUAGGGCUGACCCUUUCCCCCCCUAGAAUCACCAUAACCCCCCAAUGUGUUUUACAAAGCAAGGAUGCACACUCGGGAUCCUCUCAAUCGCCAAGACUUAGCUAAUCUGUUAAGUGAUUGAGAGUCUGCAGCCUUGCUUUAAAAACACAAGGCGUACUUUGCGGCUUCAAUCAAGGUCCAGGAUUCCUGGAGGAAUCCCAGCAGGAGAUCCACUAGAAUCCAGGGCUGGAUCAUGGUCUACCUUGGGCUCACCUCUGCAAUAGGACUUACUCCCUAGUAAAAGUGCUUCAGAUUGUAGCCUUAGUUAUCCUAAUACCAUAAGGCCGUCCGCACGAUUAUAAUUGGGAGAGGACAAUUUUCCUCUCCUAUUUUGGGAGCUGUGCGGACUCCCGUUUUGCGACUGUAUGUGGGGGCAGGGGGGAAGCAAGGUUGCAGAGAGGAGACGUGAUCAUUUGGGAGAGAGGGGCUGGAUUGGAUGGCCCUGCCCGACCCAGCUCUCGUACCCAGCACUUUACCAUGGUCGGAGGAAAUGCUGGCUAACCCAGAUCCUAUCUCCCAGAGGACGACUUCCUCCCAUGCCUAACUUGCUUCUUCCCUCACACAUCUUCACAAAACGCGAGUGUGCUCAGUUCCUGAACUAGGGUAGGACAAGCGUGAACUGUGUGGACUGCUUUAAUCUCUUCAAACGGUGGCAAAUGAAUCUAUGAACAUUAUCAACAGUGUUUGGUUUUACUGGAAUGAUCUUUUAAUAGUUCUGUACAACUAUGGACUGUAUUUAGAUCCACCCCGGAUUUGUCAUGGACUUCUCAUCUCCUUUCAUGUGAAUUUGGUGUGUGUGUGGGGGGGGGGCGGUUUGUCUCCCUUCCCACAUUAAUUUUGCUGCAAUUCUCCUUAACUCCAACUGUUUAAGUCCACUUGCGUGGAUAAUUGCUUGUGUUGACACCCAAGAGGACCUUCCAUCGACUCACCUGUGAUUCUCAGACAACAAAGGAGUCCCUGAAGCUCCUGAUGAUUUCCAUGUGACAUGUAUACAAAACCUGCCUCGAGUCCAUACAAGGACCAUCUGACUGUUGUAACUUUUCUUUAAUCACAAUGGUCUUUUGAUAGCACUCAGGAGACCUAUUUAUUGUCCAAGCAUUCGUAAUUUUUUCAGAGUUUCUAAAGAAGCAACUUUAAUAAAACCAGAGUGAUCAUUCAA